AUGGCGCUGGCGGCCCAGCGCACCACAGUCGUCCCGCGCGCCGCCGCCACGCGCUCCAACGGCGUGACCUACAACUUUGCUUACAACGCAAACGGCGUCGCCGUUGAGACGAUGAUUGCGCGCGUCAAGGCGCCCCCGCGCCCACCGGAGUUUGUGCAGUGGGCAGAGGCCCAGCCCGUGGGCCCGACGGUGGCCGGCGCGGCGGCUGCGGUAGCGGAGCUCAAGCGCGCGGCGGCGGUCGAGUCGGCGGCCUCGGUGGCGGACGCCAAGGCCGCCCUGCUGGAGCGCAUCGCAGGGCUCAACAGGGGCGCCCUGGCGACCAACGCCGACAAGGAAGCCGUGGCAGCCCUGGUCUCCGCCCUCGAGGCCGCAGGCCGACAGAGCAGCAGCGGCAGCAGCAGUGGGAGCAGCGGCGGCGGCAGCCCAGAGGGGAACGGCAGCGGCGCCACCAGCGCCGCUGCGGCCGCGCCCAGCGGCCUCCUUGACGGCCGCUGGGAGCUGCUCUACGCCAACACGGAGGCCUUCCGCAACUCCCCCUUCUUCGCCUCAUUUUCAAAUGUGGUCAGCGGCCUGGCAGACGUCGCCGGCCUCAGCGGGACCAUCGACGUCCCGAACGGCGCGCUCGCGGACGCCAUCUUCGCCUUCACCGACGCCAUCCCCGGCGCCACGAUCGGCGCCGCGUACCAGAUCAUCACGCCGGGCGCCCUGGUGUCCGAGGUGGACCUGUCUGUGUUCCCGGGCCUGAGGGGCACUGUCGUCACCCGCAGCCGCCUGGAGCGGCCGGCUACUGCCGGGGGCGCGGGCGGGGCGCCGCAGGUGCUGGAGCUGUUUGUUGAGAGCACGCGCGUUGAGCGCAGCAACUUCAGCCCGCUCCUGGACCAGGUGUCAGUGCCCGUGGAGCAGCUGAUUGAGCGACUGCGCGGCAGCGAGGCGGCGCGUGUCACCUACGAGGUCACCUUCCUGGACCAGAACCUGCGCGUGACGCGCUGCGGCAGCCAGCUGCUGGUGCACCGCCGCGCAUGA